AAAGUACAUCGGUCAUUAUACGAAUUUUUGUCGUGAAAAUGCGAGAGGAAGACGUGGAAACGGCCAUCAAAGUUGUGGUUGUUGGUAAUGGUGCCGUAGGGAAAAGUAGCAUGAUUCAACGCUUUUGUAAAGGCAUUUUUACCAAAGACUACAAAAAGACAAUUGGUGUGGACUUUUUGGAAAGACAAAUGAGUAUUGACUCUGAGGAUGUGAGAUUGAUGUUGUGGGAUACAGCAGGACAAGAGGAGUUUGAUGCUAUCACAAAAGCUUAUUACAGAGGUGCUCAAGCUUGUGUUCUAUGUUUCUCAACUGUUGAUAGAGAUUCUUAUGAAGCCAUAGAGCAAUGGAUUGGCAAGGUGUCAGACGAAUGUGGUACAAUACCAUGUGUGUUAGUUCAAAAUAAAAUCGAUCUUAUCGACGAAGCUGUUGUGCAACCAGAAGAGGCAGAAUCGCUUGCUAAAAAACUGCGCGUUAAAUUUUACCGCACAUCCGUGAAAGAAGAUUUAAAUGUCACGGAAGUGUUCCAAUACCUUGCAAAGGCAUAUUUAGAAAACUUACAAAAUGCGAAGUUAGCAGAGGAACAAGAAAACUCGUCGACUAAUUUAGAUAUUUUCAAAGGUCAACGCGUGGAAGGGAAGUCAAACGGCAAGCCGAAUAAGAAAGAUAAACAAGAAACGAAUGCAAUUAUAACUUUACGACCAAACAAGGAACGCGCAAAAGGUAAAAAGAGCAAAUGCAAGCUAUUAUGAACGGAUCGCCUUCAUCAUCUGAUAAAACUUCAACUUUAAAAAAUACGCGGAAAUUUAAAAAAUAAUUACGUUGAUGUGAUUUAAAGCAGCUGAAAACAGUUUUAGUUGCUCGUCAAAUUAGCUAGAAGUAUAUAGAAAUGGGAUUUUCGAAAGUUUUGGAGAAAAGCGAUAUGUUUGUGAUUCACUCUCACACUAAUGAAGGAAAAGAUCAAUAAUUUUUCCAAUUUUGGUAAAUAUUCAUCAAAUUCACAAUACGUUAUAAAAUAGUUAUUCUAGUUAAUGUAAAAUUUGAUUUUUUCUUUUAUACAAUUCUUAGUUUUGA